AUGAAAUACGGAGAUCAUUUUGAAGAAGAGUCGGUUCCGAGUUGGAGUCUGCAUAAUAUCGACUAUAAUUCGCUGAAGCACCAGAUUAAGGUACAUACCACCAAAGACCAAGCCACCGCCAUAGCUAUUCCUGGUCAGCAAGAUCAUGCUUUAAAGAAAUUCGAGGACGCCUUCUACAUCGAACUUUGCAAUCAACAUAAUCGGGUCGGUCUCUUUGUUACGAGCAAAGCUGACGAAAUCACGAGGCGACUAUGUCACCUCUCUAAUUCGAUACACCAACUCAUAGCACGAUGUAACAAGGCCGGUGGAAUGUCGCCCAAGCGGCAAAGACGGUUCGCCAAAUAUGCAUUGCAAAUCGACGAGUGCGACGACGACAUCAAGGCAUUGAGCCGGUUUGUUAAUGCCCAGGUUAUCGCAUUUCACAAGCUACUCAAGAAAUACAGGAAAUGGACUGGUUCGACAACGUUAAGUAGUCGUUUUAAGCAGAAUAUACUCGCCUCGCCCAAGAGUUUCACAAGGUGCGACUUUCACGCUUUGCGACUACAUCAUCGAGAAGUUCUCGCGACCUUAGAAGCCGCCACUCCCGAUCUAAACGCUCUCCAGAUGGAACGACAACGGGUAAAUAUGCAAUCCGAACAACGCGCCGAUAGUCGCCGAUCCUCGCAGACGCCCACCCCGAGAGCCGCAUCUAUUAGUACACCGGGCGGUUCGUCGAUGACGUAUUGGAACGAGUACGAUCAUGGAAGCGAAGCGGGUGAUAACGACGAUGAACGAGCAUACGCACUCUAUAUCGACCCAAAUGCGAGCGUCGACUUUCCAGGCUAUAUCUAUAUUAAAAACAUAUUCACCGUCCCGGUCGAUAAGGUUCGACAUUGGCUGAAGACGCGCGCAUCAUCUCAGAACCCGUCCGAGACGCAGUCACUUCUUGGCAGCAAUUCGCCUAACGAUUACUUCAGUACCCGACAUUCAACUGCACAGGUAACCGAUAACGAGGCGACCGAGGAAGAGUACGCAUCAUCGCUGAAUUCCAGCAUUGGCCGUCGAAAAGGAGCACGUUAUGCAGUGUUGCCGACGACGGAAGAUCCCGACUACCACGUAAUCCUGUACCGCGACAAGGUGCUAAGUCGGACUGUUAUACUCUCUUUCGUCGUUGCCUUUAUUCUUCUACUAGUAUCUGGGGUGCUGGUAGCAACUGGUCGACAUAAACUCCGACUCGAAGUCGACGCUGGUGUCACAGUCGGAUCCGUGGCGAGCUUAUUCUGCGCCUGCAUGGGCUUGGGCGCCAUGAUAUACCGCCAAUACCCCGCCGGUAUUCUAUACAGCCUCACCGUUUGGGCUGUGUUUAUGACUAUAUGUGCCCUAAACGGCAUGUUGCUUGUACUCGUAGUGGGGAGUAACGGGUUAUGA